AGCAAAGCUAAGCACUUGCGUCACCAACUAGAGGAGCUAGCUUUCUCUAUCUUCCUCUAAAAUGCCGACACAAGAAGGAAGCACAUGCAUAUGAUCAUAUCCACAAACUGUAGACACACAGAGCUCGUUCUUCAUUAGUCAUUACUAUGGCUUCCGAUUCCCACCAACUACACUUUAUCUUGUUUCCUUUCAUGGCACAAGGCCACAUGAUUCCAAUGAUGGACAUAGCUAGAUUAUUAGCUCAUCAUGGAAUGAUUGUUACAGUAAUCACUACACCACUUAACGCCCAGCGUUUCAAACCAAUCAUUUCUCGUGAUGUGGAAUCUGGACUCAUAAUUCAGUUUAUUGAACUCCAGUUUCCAGGAGAAGAAGCAGGAUUACCAAAAGAUUGCGAGAAUAUAGAUAUGCUUCCUUCACUGGGAUCAGGCAAUGAGUUCUUCUUGUCCACUUACCGGCUUCUGGAGCCAGUCCAAAGAUUGCUCGAAGAGCUAAACCCUCGGCCUAGUUGUAUAAUUUCUGAUAUGUGUUUACCCUACACAGCUCAGGUUGCUAGAAAGCUUGGUGUUCCGAGACUUGGUUUCAAUGGCUUUUGUUGCUUUUCUACACUAUGCAUGCUCUGUUUACGCACUUCAAAAAUACUUGAGAGCAUAAAAUCUGAAAACGAGUACUUUGUUGUGCCUGGAUUGCCCGAUUCUAUUGAAAUAACCAAAAAGCAGCUUCCAAGAGCUAUGCUUCAUGAUUGGGGUGCAUUUUCUGAGCAACUGGUAGCUGCUCAAGAGGUGACUUACGGGAUUAUUCUUAAUUCCUAUGAAGAGUUGGAGGCAGCAUAUGCUCAAGAAUUCAAGAAGGUAAAGAGGGAUAAGGUUUGGUUCAUUGGUCCAGUUUCAUUAUUCAACAAGAACAACUUGGAUAAGGUUCAGAGAGGGAAUAAGUCCUCAAUUGAAGAAUCUGAAUGCUUCAACUGGCUUGAUUCACAGCAACCAACGUCUGUAAUAUAUGUCUGCUUUGGUAGCCUUUGCAAUUUAAUAACUUCUCAGUUGAUAGAACUUGGGUCAGGCUUAGAAGCAUCAAACAGAACUUUCAUUUGGGUGCUAAGAGGAGGGGAGAAAUCAAAAGAAAUAGAAGAUUGGAUCGUAGAAGAUGGUUUCGAGGAAAGAACCAAAGGGAGAGGUCUCAUAAUUCGAGGCUGGGCGCCACAAGUAGCAAUACUCCAACACCCAGCAAUUGGUGGGUUCUUAACACACUGUGGAUGGAACUCAACGCUAGAAGGGAUAUGUGCUGGUGCACCAAUGGUUACAUGGCCACUUUUUGGAGACCAGUUCUUCAAUGAGAGACUAGUUGUUGAUGUACUGAAGAUUGGCGUAAAGGUCGGGACAGAGGCUACUGUGACAUGGGGAAUGGAAGAGAAGAUUGGAAUUUUGGUGAAAAGGGAAGCUGUUACAAAGGCAAUAGAAAGGUUGAUGGACGAAGGAGAAGAAGGUGAGGAAAGAAGAAAAAGAGCAAAAGAGUUUAGCGUCAAGGCAAGGGCUGCAAUGGAGGAAGAUGGAUCUUCUUAUCUCAACAUGAAAUUAUUAAUACAAGAUAUCAUGCGACAGAAAGCAAAUGUUAAGUAAUUGCAGUGUGUGAAUUUCAAUUAAUAAAUUUAAUCGUUGAUUAUCUCGUACUAACUCGCCCCCAGUUCUUCAAGCGUUCAUCAGUAUGCCUGCCUAGUUCUGUUUCUAGCAUUUUCAAGCUUGGAAGUCUUUAUCAGUGGAUGUCUUCAGUCUAAAUUCUGGAACAUGAACUUUUCCACAAUUGUUUUUCUAUAAU